AUGGAGUUAAAUAAGGAGGAAACAAUUAAGUUAAUUGAGGUGUAUCGUAAGUGGGUUUUGAUUUGGGAUCCAAAACACCCAGAUCACUACAAUAAAGUACGCAAAGAAGAUGCAUGGGAGGAAAUUGGACGAGAAAUCGGGAAAUCGCCAGAGCAGUGCAAAAAGAAGAUGGAGUACUUGUUAGCAGCUCUUCGAAGAGAGAAAAUGAAGAUGAAGAAAAGUACUGGAGCACAUCAGGUGUAUAAAAGCUCUUGGUUUGCCUUCAACAGUAUGAGAUUUUUAUGGGAUAAGAACAAGCCUAGACCAACACUGAAUAUUAUCCAGACUACAGAAAGCGAAGAAAUGGAGAAACUAGAAGAAGUUGUGAUGGGUGGUGGAGAAAGAAUUUCUUCUCUGGCUACACCAGAGAAAGAAUACACCUCUGGUCCCAGCACAUCCACGCAGUAUCCCGAACAGCCCUCGCCGAAAGUCAAAAAGCUGAAGACGUCCAAAAAUCAACGUCUCAAUAAGGCUUUUGAAAUAUUAGUGGCCUCAGCUAAUCAGUGUACAGAUGAAAGUUACCAUUUUGGGAACUUCGUAGCGUCGAAAUUACGUACUUUUGAUGAAAAUGUACGUUGCGCCGUGCAAAACGAUAUUCUUAAUUUAUUUCUCCGAGCUAGCACGGGCUACUAUAACAAUUCAAACCCUUACCCCACACACAUUUUUGAGAAUCCACACACUGCCCACCCUCCACGGUACCCAUCCACGUCCUUCGCCUCUACUGAAUUUUCCUCCUCAUUACUGAAUUCACAAAAACUACGGACACACAGUCCCGAAGUUCAUCCAUCUCCAACAUCGCCUUCUUCCUCGACCUCUUCGACGUUUUCCAACGAUUUCAUAAUUCAGGAUUUAAUUUAG